AUGGCUGCGCCGUCCAGGCAAUCCGCCAUGCUGUCGCUCGGCAACAACACGCCCACAUCCAACGAGAAACCGUCACCACAACUGCCUCCAACUCCACAGCCAACAACAACUGGUCUCCGAGUACCCUCAAACAGAAAGACUAUCUAUGACCGACACCUCAACCGAAGCCGGACGGGCGAACUUAGCCGCGCGAGCUUCGCCUAUCUAUUCGCCGAGAUGGUCACAUAUGCCCAGCGAAGAGUAACAGGCAUACAAGACCUAGAGAAGCGAUUAAACGAACAAGGAUAUCCCCUAGGUCUUCGUCUUCUAGACAUGCUCUUCUACAGAGCUACCUCAACCUCAUCCUCCGCCCUCUCAAGCUCAUCAACUACUUCAUCCCCUCCAAACCGCCCCUUACGCAUCCUAACUCUCCUCCAUUUGAUUCAUGGUCCGCUCUGGCGCCUCCUUUUCCAGCGCGCGGCCGACGCCCUCGAACACUCUGUCUCUCCCGACACACCUAACGAAUACAUGAUUACCGACAAUGAACCCCUCGUCAAUACAUAUAUUAGUGUUCCGCGGGAGAUGAACAUGCUCAAUUGCGCUGCUUAUGUCGCUGGUGUCAUUGAGGGUGUUUGUGACGGCUGUGGCUUUGAAGCUAAGGUUUCGGCUCAUAAUCAACCUACCGAUAUGUGGCCUAGUCGGACUGUGUUCCUGGUUCGCUUUGGAGAUAGUGUUAUGGAGAGAGAGAAGGUGCUUGAACGGUCUGGUAUUAAAUAG